AUGACAAGGCCACCUACGGCCCUUUUCGGGCCUCGCACGCCGAGAGGCAGCCAGGACGCAGGGAGUCACAGAGGCCACCUACGGGCCCCGCGGCCGGGAGCGUCCCGGGGCAAACCGGCGCAGAGGCGGCCGCCGGCCCACCCUCGCUCCCCGGCCUGCGGCCCGAGCCGCCACCGCCGACGCCAACCGAGGCGGCCGCCGGCCCACCCUCGCUCCCCGGCCUGCGGCCCGAGCCGCCACCGCCGACGCCAACCGGCGAGCGCGUCAACUCACCGCCGCCCCGCCGGCUGCGCUGCCCGCCGCACUUAUGACGCGAAUCUCGGAGCGACGGCGUCGCGCACAGAAGAGUUCGGGGGCGGGGCAGCACGUUGCCCCGCCCACGCCCCAGGGCGCAGACGCGCGUCGCUGCACUGCCUGCCGACGCGGCCUUCCGCUCCCGGUCCUGCUCCUGUGGGUUUCUGCCACCUGCAGGUGACCCUGCCCUCCCCAGGCUGCAGGAUCUCCUGGCACCUCUCCUUCUUCACUCUGCCUGAGGACUCCUCCUGGAUGGACCUGUGCCUCCUUCUGUCCUCCUUGCCCCCACAGACAGGCCCCAGGCCCUUUUGGGUUUCAGGGAGGGGCCCGCUGCACACCCGAUAUGCUGUGUCCUUUGUGAAUGAUGUGCGUGUACUAUUCUGCUAGUAUACGUAUAUGUGUCAUAAAAUGAAUAAAAAGAUAGGACUUAAAAAGGA